AUGAGCAAGCUCAAAGAAAAUAUAACUGAUAUUGUUGUAUUUUUAUGUUACGCCGUUUAUUAUAUCCUCGAUGCAAUUAUUCAUUAUUUUCUACCAUUCAAACUAACUAAGAAAAACAUAUCGAAAGAUAUUGUUUUGGUAACCGGUGGAGGAGGAGGUUUGGGAAGGCUCCUUGCAGAAAAAUUUUCAGAAUUGGGAUGUACAAUUAUUGUUUGGGACAUAAAUGCUGAAGGCAACGAAACGGUGACCAAAGUCAAAUCCCUUGGAGGUAACGCACAUGGAUACACGUGUGAUAUAACAAAUAGAGAAAUGGUUUAUGAAACGGCUAAAAAAGUUGAAAAACAAGUCGGAAAGGUAACCAUACUCGUUAAUAAUGCUGGAAUCGUUUCUGGAAGACCCCUUUUAGAGACUCCAGAUAGUUUAAUUCAAAAAACAUUCGACGUAAAUGUUAUUUCACAUUUUUGGACAACCAAAGCAUUCCUCCCUGGAAUGAUAGAUUUAAAAAGGGGUCACAUAGUUACCAUUGCUAGCAUGGCAGGAACUGUUGGUAUGACCAAAUUAGUAGAUUAUUGUUCUUCAAAAUUUGCCGCUGUUGGUUUUGAUGAAUCUCUUAGAGUCGAAUUAGAAUCUCAUGGUCAUUUAAACAUUCAUACAACUGCAGUUUGUCCUUAUUUUAUUAAAAGUACCGGAAUGUUUGAUGGCGUUGAUACAAGAUUAGUUCCAAUAUUGGAUGCUUCGUAUGUUGCUGAAAAAGUUGUAAAAGCAGUAAUAACCAAUCAAAAACAAGUUUUUCUACCUUGGUUUUUUAAAUUUCUUAUUUGCAUUAAAGGAAUCGUACCGUGGGUUGUUGUAUCAAUGGCAUUAAAAACUCUCGUUCACGAUGCACAUCCUGAUCACCUUUUCAAUCAUCCCAAAACAGGUUUGGUGAAAACAUUAUCUGGAUACGAUGAAAAAAAUUCAUCCAUAUUAGAAACGGCUAAAAAUAUUGAACAUGAAUAUAGAGACAGUUCUAUAAUCGAAAGGAAGCCAUAA